UCAGGGCAGCUACAAUGCUCUUAAACUCAUCUGCUGUGUGAUCCCUCGAAAAAAUCGCCCCAGUACAGAGCAGCUCAUAGUACGGCUCUCACUGCCUUUACUUUCGGCUUGUUUCGCCCCAUCUCCGCGCGCGCCACGCACCCAUGAAGAGACGUCAAGUGUUACAUGUUUGAAAUCCAAAACCUCCGACUUUCACAUGCUGAAAAAGGACUCCGCUGCUCGCGCGCGCGGCACCGCUGUGUCUGUGCACUAGACUGCAAAGACAAACUCUUGGUGGUUGCGCAGGGGAACGCAGAACAGCUCGCUUUUCUUUUUAAAAAGAUAUAAGACUUAAAAAGCCAAACUGGCUCACGUCGUUCCCAACCAGACCAGUUUGACAGCUGCUCUUCAGCCCGCUUGGAGGACUGUCAGCAGCAAGAGGAUGGCAUCAGAACUGGCAAUGAGCAACUCCGACCUGCCCACCAGUCCCUUGGCCAUGGAAUAUGUUAAUGACUUCGAUCUGAUGAAGUUUGAAGUGAAAAAGGAGCCGGUGGAGCCCGAUCGCAACAUCAGCCAGUGCAGUCGCCUUAUCGCCGGGGGAUCAUUGUCUUCCACCCCGAUGAGCACGCCUUGCAGUUCGGUGCCCCCCUCUCCAAGCUUCUCUGCGCCCAGUCCGGGCUCAGGGAGCGAGCAGAAGACGCACAUAGAGGACUUCUACUGGAUGUCCGGUUAUCAACAGCAGCUAAACCCAGAGGCACUGGGCUUCAGCCCCGAGGACGCAGUUGAGGCUCUCAUCAACAGCAGUCACCAACUCCAGUCUUUCGAUGGCUAUGCCAGGGGCCAGCAGUUCCCCGGAGCGGCCGGUGCAGGGGGCGCCAUGGCCGGUGAGGAGAUGGGCUCUGCCGCGGCCGUGGUCUCUGCAGUGAUCGCCGCGGCGGCUGCACAAAACGGUGCACAACAUCACCAUCAUCAUCACCACCACCACGCCGGUGCGCACCACCAGCAGCCCGGCGUACAGUCCAGCAGCGCCUCGGCUCCGGGGCACACGCACAUGCGCAUCGAUGAGCGCUUCUCCGAUGAGCAGCUUGUCACCAUGUCCGUGCGCGAGCUCAACCGGCAACUACGAGGGGUCGCCAAAGAAGAAGUGAUUAGACUGAAACAGAAGAGAAGAACCCUCAAAAAUAGAGGCUACGCGCAGUCCUGCCGCUUCAAGCGCGUGCAGCAGCGGCACGUCCUGGAGGGAGAGAAGACCCAGCUCCUGCAGCAAGUGGAGCACCUCAAACAAGAGAUCUCCAGGCUGGUCCGGGAGAGGGACGCGUAUAAGGAGAAGUACGAAAAGCUCAUCAGCACCGGCUUCCGAGAAAACGGCUCGAGCAGUGACAACAAUCCCUCGUCCCCGGAGUUUUUCAUGUCAUCAAGAAAAUUCCUGCACCUGUGAUCCGAGUCACCUCGUCUGCACACUGGAUUCUGAGAUGGCAGAGCACUGAAGCAGUGAUGACAUCACAGCGGCUGACCAAUCGCUCCAACCCACCUACAAAGCACAACAUUCAACUCUGAUGCUCAGAAAUCCUUCGACUCUACAGAGAAACUCUGUAGGACUCCGUCACCCUUCCUGGCCGUUGGCUCCAGAUUUUUUGUAGAAAAUACAGAGAACCAAUGUUGGAAUGACUACUGUCUACUCAAGGGGAGACCAUGAUGCAUGCUUCUGUAAAUACAUCUUCUCCUGAUACAGAAACAUUUAUCCUAAUGAAAAACUCAAACUUUGGAUGGUGUGAGAAAGUUUUAGCCAAAGGCUGGCUAGUAAUCAUGUCUUCUGAAGAUAUUUGGACAAGGACAUUGUACAACCCGUUGUAUCUUCAGUUGUCUUCCACCCCAGUAGACCCUCUGCUUCAUGUAAAUAGGAACAAGUAAAUAAAGCAGCAUGGACAGUAGCCCAAUACUCACCUAAAACCUUUUAGCAUACAUUUAAAUACUUUUAGAAAUACUUGUUUUCUUAGAACGACAGAAAUACCAAUAUGUAUACUCAUUUUAUUUAAAUCAAAGUAAAGUCAUUAAUUUCAGAUAGUGCUGAAGACCUCAUCCCAUCAGAGCAAAGCCACACACUGACCCAUGGACGUGUUUAUAUUUCAAUUCUUUUGAAACUGGUUCAUGUUUUUUUACACUUUGCAAUACUGUGAGGGUGACAACACAAGAUUCAAGUUAACCCUUGCAUGGUUUAAAUAUCACUUGGAUCUGGAGCGACCUUGUAGGGCAUUCUUCUAUGAACUAUGAAGACUACGAAAUGGAGUCAGUGGUAACAAUGUGCGCCAAGGAACGGACAGAUGACACUGGCCAGGACUAGAAAGCUUGUGAUGGAAAAGGCGGGCGGCUCACCUUCAGCAGUGCAUCCUCUACCUCUCAGUAUGUGCUGGGCAUCAGGGCUCCAUGACACUGUCCCUCAGCCCGCUGCAGACCCCAGUGGACCUGAUGGACACACACAACAACAGGGAACACAAUCUCACACAGCGUAUUACACCCUUUUACUAAAAUACUUCCACUGCUGUAUAUAUGUACACUAUGUAAAGUUCAAGAUGCUGUACUUUGCAUGUUGAUUUCCAGAGGGAUCAAGCCCACAGGCAACUCACAUCAUCUGUUUAAAAAAAACAAAACAGAUGAUAAUCCAAACUUUGCUUAAACAAUAAUCCAAUUAGGUUCAUAAGGUACAUACAUAAACUAAUUCUCCUUCUUUUGUCCUUUUACUUUAAUGAGUAGAUUGUCCAUUGAAUACUGAAAAGCAUGUGAACAUGGAUGCUAAUGUCAAACUGAAGACCGAUGUUUGGAACAUAACGUGAUGUGGUCAUGUAAGGGCAAUUCAGUUAAGAGAAAUAAGUGUCCCGCGGAUUGCUGUCAACCCCCGUCCUUUCAUCCCCUGUCAAAAACACAGAUAUGCAGUGAGUCUGCCAGGAAAGUCCUGGAUCAGAGCAGGUCAGAGGGAUCCUGCAGAGGUCUUUGGAGAAAGGAAAGACAAGAAACUUGGAUCCUGCCCAAAGUUGAAAAGUCACAGGAGUGUGCCUGUCUGAUCUCUGUCUCUCACAAAGGCACUUCCUCUGAGAGGGUGGGUGACCUUUGACCUCAGACAUGUGGAGGCUCUGUGGGCCGGGUGAGCUGAUGUCCUGCUGGGGUUAACUUUGUGUUAAUGAGCAGACCACAGCUCAGACCACAGCUCAGCAGAUGUGCAGUCUGUGCUUUAGGACCUGCUGCCCUUGUGUCCUGUUCACUCUUUAACAUCCAUCUACUCCAGAUAUGUAGCACUGUAGCAAACAAUAAGGUCUGUACAAAUCUCUGCCCCUGUUGUGAGAAAAAAAUAUAAUAAACCAUAAUAAUCAUAAUAAUAAUAAAAAAAAAAACGAAUACCAAUUGAUGUUUAAUAUUUUUGUAAUACUGUACACCACUAAACUAUUACUCAAAUGGAACAAAUAAAGCCAAACCAAAAAACAAAGCUACAAGAUAAAUGUGUCGAUGCCACUGCAGUUUUCUGAUCCUCGCCUAUUUUCAACAUAGUGUAAAUCUGUAGGCGGCAUCAUCUGAACUGUUCUUGCCCUUUCACCCAAGCCUCAUGUAGGCUUCUCCCUGUCCUGACCCGAAACAGAUUUAGCAACUGCCUCGAUGUGAACACACUGCUCAAACACAGCAAAGGCAACAGCAGCUCCCUCGGCCCGCUCACCUACACACACUGUGCUAAUCUAAACGGCAUGGCUGUAUGUAAACAGAUCCCCGACAUAAUGGGAUUGUUCAGUGUGCAAACAAUAAGCUGUUAGAGUAAUCACAGGUCAAAGAUAUAUUACCCAGAGGGCCACGCUGUAGGUAUAUUAACAUGAUGGAUAUGGGCACAGGCGGAGGGGGUAGGGAUGGAGAGGAUAUAGUGCACUACUAAUUCAGAUUUACCCUAUAGGGCCCCAGCCAGAUUUUUUUUUUGUCUGAACAACCUUUACUGGGGCCCCACGUAAUCUCUCUUCCUCCGCCUCUUUCUCUCAUCUCCUCACCUCUCAGAUCUCAUCUUUAUACAGUGUUUUGCCACAAGCAGCUCUCUCUCAAAUUCCCCUCUGUUCUUUGGAGUAAUAAUUUCCUUUAACAAAUGAUCUCUGCUUCUCUGUGGCAGGCUAAGAAUAGGAUAAGUACAAUCUUGUUUUUGGAUUAAACAAAGAAGGAUGUAAGAUGGGAACAGCGAGGAACUUUUGUCUGAUUUAAACGGUUACGGUUCGAGUGAUGAAGAAACAAUUUGUCAAGUCAGGGUCAGGCUGGUGAGUGGGUCAAAGGAUUACAAUAAGGCAUCCCUAAGUCAACUGUUCUGACCCUGGCUUACCCGCACUGUCUGGAAACAUGGCUCUGAUUCUUACAUUUACAAAACAUCUACAUUUUGCCAUUAAAAAAAAACCCAUACUAUAUACAAUUUAUCAUUUGAAGAAGAAAAAGUAAAUCAAACAAAAGAAAUGCACAUAGAUUAGUUGUUCCAUGUCUGAAAUAAACACCUCCUUAUGUCGCAAAGCUAGUGAGGGAUGCAUUACCUUACUCUUUCCCUCAUUGGUCAUCACAUAAGCCUCUGAGUGAACAGUUAACCAUCAAGCCCCCUUUGUGAAAUGAGAUGGGCUCCGAGAAGAUUUGGUGGUGGACCAAAUGAAUAGGAUUAACCAAAAUGCCUCAAUUGGAAUAAAUGCACCACGCUGACCACUGUGUAAUACCUCUGACAACUGCUGUAAACCAAAUCUUUUGCAUCCGAUGAGCUAAUGGAUCAUUUAGGUCUGAUUAUCUGGGGAGAAAACUACUCAAAUGGCUGUGCAAGAUUAAAAGAGGCACUGCAUGGAAGCUGAUGCAUUUCCACCAUAUAGCUGGUUCUCCAUAUAAAAAUAAAUAAAUGUGGAAUAAUAUAUCGCCACAAGCCAUGGACAGGUGGCAUUUCAGGCUGCACCAUUUAGCUGUGCAGUCUGGUUUGUGACAGCUUGAUUUAGUCUGCAGUGCCAGAGCCAGAAGAAAGAAAAACUCUCUGAUUGGUUUGAAACAACUGAUAAGGAAUAACAUCAACAAGACUGAAAACAAUGUACACAAAAUCAUGGUCAGACGGCCAAGGCAGUUUGGGAGGUAUGGCAGUUGAUUUAUGUUGAUAGUGCCUUCCAAGUGUGUGUGAGUGUGCGUGUGUGUGCUUUGCAUGUGUGUGUGUGUAUGUGUAGGAUAGCAGUUUGUCUUUAGGGUGUAAAAUGGAGAUUAGAGGAGCUCAAGGGGAGACGCCUGGAGGCCUGCUGUUCCACCUGCUGUGAUUGGCGUGUAAUCUCUCAGUUUCAGAGAAGUGAAAAGUUUGUGCAGUCCACAAAGUUGUGCAUGCAUCCCUCUGGCCCCCUACAGAGCAGAGAGUGUGAGGCAGCAGGGUAUAACCAUAUGCUAUCAAAGUCUUCUUCAAAGGCCCAAUCUUUAGUCCACCAAAUUAUACGGUAUGAUCACAUGUACCAGACAACAACAGGAGGCAGAGUCCUGUUCUCUAAAAAAAAAUCCUGUUGUAGUUUAAACAAUAUCACAUUUAUAUAUUAAUUAAUUCAAAAGGUCCACUCUUAGCCCGGCUGUUGGACAGUAAAAAUGUUAUUUCUUUGUAAAUGAGGCCCUUUUAUGUAACCACAGGUUAAGUUGGCCUGCUGGAUCCAGUAAACCUCCUACAUCAUUAUGUAUAGGCAGGGUCUUUGAUUAUUCAACCGUAGGCCCACGGUUGGCCCUGAUUGUCUAAGGGGCUAUAAGAGGGUAUACGAGGGGUAACUGCUUCUUGGGUCAUAUUGCUAUGGUGAUCAGCCCCUUGCCACUUGACCCUGGUGACCUCAGUUGCAGAUAAGCUUCAUGGAGAAGCGUAUUAACAUGCUCUUGGGCUGGUGCACUGCUUUAUCAAAGGCACUUCUGAAAUCAAGUGUUUAUGGAUCCCCAGUGAUAUUAGCAGUGCAGUGUAAAUGAGAUGGAGGUGGACAGAACAGCAGUACUACAGGGACACUGUGUGAAAUGUUAUUCUCACUGACUGUAAUUGAGCAAUAUCUUUAAUGUGUGCAGUAUCCUAUGCGCCGCUAUCACCUGAGACUCCAAACUCCACUCACAGUAUAUUCAAUAUGUCUUCCAGGAACACUUCCAUGAUGUAAGCUUUCAAGACGUGCAUAUGCAUAUGAUGUAAUGUAGUACUUUGCAAUAAGGUUACCUGUAGACUUUUUCUCAGAUGUGUUUCCUUUGUGUUGGACAUUCGUGCAUAUGUUUUGUAACUGUAAAAGGCCAUUCUCUGCAGUCCUCAACCAGACAAGGCAAAAGGGAGAAGGUGUCAGUGUUGUGCGUCUGCUUAGAGUCUGAUCACUGCUGAAAGAUGCUUUCAGUGUCUCCAUGAUGGAUGAUGAUAGCCCUGUGUCUCUGUACACAUCAGGGAGCCCACUGUUGUCACUGGACUGAGCGAGGGAGAGGAGAGAGAGAGAGAGAGAGAUGUGACUGCAGCUUAAUGUCCUCCUGGUGCUGUGCAUGCUCUUUCCUAUUUGCUUUUCCCUUCACGGCACGGUUAACAUUGUAAAUUAACCUUUUUGAGCCCCACGCUCAGACAGUGAAAAACACAUUGUGUUAUGCAAUUUGGUAGCAAUAGUUUGGGAUAUACUAAUUGAGCUGUUUCUAUGUAAACGGUAGGGUUUUAAACAACAGACUACUCUAUGUGCAUGUCAGGAUUACUCAUCGUGUCACUAUAAGGCUGCUUUCUGGUCUCCAUUUUAGAUGUAAAUGAAACAUUAAACACACUUGUUAUUCUUAGUUUGACUCUGUAAAUACAUGUAAAUACUAAACAGCUAUGCAUGCUACUAUACUGGCAAUUUGUUCAGGUACUUUUGUAAUCCAGGCUUCAGUUAUGGCAUGUACGUUACACAAUGAAACAUCAUUUGAAAUUUGUGAUCUCUGCUAUGGGUCGUAAACUAAUUGAGAAUGGGUCUGGCUGCAGCCGAUAGGGAGAGUGAAGCUCCACUACCUCCUCUGCUGAUGGGGUCUAAGACUUGAUUUUCAAAACCUAAACCAAACCCAAACACAUUAACCAACACUUUGUAGCUACUGGAAAUGAGUAAGUUACUUCCUUUGUUUCAAAAAUGAUUUUGUA